AUCAAUGACAUGAGCCUGUUUUCAAGCUUCAGAUACAGGAUUUUCCAAUCAACGAUCUUACCCAAGAACCCCUUUGUUUUCUUCAACCAAAAAAGAUGGAGGAAACCGAUUGUAUCUGCUCAAACCCGUUUGGAGGACAGGGUAAGGGACACCCACCUCGACAAAUUCAUGACCCACCUUAAAAAGCUCAAACUUGUACUCAGAAUUCACCAUCUUAUGUUGAAUCGAAAGCGUGGCGCUUUUGUUUCCCUUCAGCUGAUGUCACGUUGGAGAAACAUCGUUGGACUCAAUGUAACCGUUGGCUCCUUUCUCCACGAGUACCCACAUGUUUUUGAGGUGUUUGUGCAGCCGUUGAGGAGGAACUUGUGUUGUAGAAUCACAAGGAGGAUGAAAGAGAUGAUCUUGUUGGAAGAGGUUGCUGUGAGACAGCAGGAGCUGGAGGCUGUGAAGAGGGUGAAAAAGUUGCUUAUGAUGGCAGUGAAUGGUACCCUUCAUAUACAUGCAUUGAGGUUGAUGAGAAGAGAAUUGGGUCUCCCUGAGGAUUUCAGAGACUCCAUUCUUGGGAAGUACAGUGGUGACUUCAGGUUGGUUGAUUUGGAGAUUGUGGCAUUGGUUGAUAGGGAUGAUGAUAAUGAAUUAGGAAUGGCUCAAGUUGAGAAAUGGAGGGAGAGAGAGUAUACAGAGAAGUGGUUGAGUGAAUUUGAGACCAAGUUUGCAUUUCCUAUCAAUUUCCCAACUGGGUUUAAGAUUGAGAGAGGCUUUAGAGACAAGUUGAAGAGUUGGCAAAGGCUUCCUUAUACAAAGCCUUAUGAGAGGAAAGAGGUCAUUCGAGUUCGAACUUGUGGAGGGAUCGAGCGCUAUGAGAAGAGGGCUGUUGCUGUUCUUCAUGAGCUGUUGAGCUUGACAGUGGAAAAAAUGGUUGAGGUUGAUCAAUUGGCUCAUUUUCGAAGGGACUUUGCUAUUGAAGUUAAUGUGCGUGAAUUGUUGCUAAGCCACCCAGGAAUAUUUUACAUAUCUACUAAGGGAGAAUCUCAAACUGUUUUUCUUAGGGAGGCAUAUAGGAAAGGGGGGUUGAUUGAGCCUAAUCCUGUGUACACAGCUCGUAGGAAUAUGUUGGACCUUGUAUUAUUAGGGCGUAGGAGAACCAAACAAUUGCUAGCUUGUAAUGAAUUUAAGGAAGUGAGCAAUGCUGUAGUUCAUGAAGUGCAUGAGGAAGGUAAAAGACAAGGAGAUUGGGUGAUUCCAUUCUUGGAGAGUUGUGAGGAGAAUAGAUCCUCAUGAUAGUGUGAAGGUAGCAGAGGCAGCAUAGUUGAAGCAUUUACCUUGACAGCGAUAUGUUUAUUAACAUAUAUUCUGCUGCUAAUUCUCAUCUCUUUAAAUGUUUUUAUCAAAAGAAGUAGUCAAGUGUUGAUACAAGAAGGUAGUAUCAUGCUGUGAGAUUUUCCGUAAAUUUAAUAAUUUGCAGUUAGAUUUGAUUGGGUUGUUACUUGUAUCUAAACAUAAAGCUUUUACUCUGCUUUGGUGUUUUUGUGCCAUUAAAGUUUAUUUUUAGCUACAGAUAUGUCCUCCUGAUACCAAAGAACUGACAGUUUCAUGUGCGUGUGACUCCAAAUAGUAUCUCAUACCUGCCUGAGUGCCUGAAGACAUGAACUUCCAAUACAACAUGUACUUGUCUUUAGGUCAUUCAAACUAGAUUCUUGUGAUUUAUUCAAAUUUCAAAAGAUGUUUAUGACACUAGCAGCAAUAGAAUGUGGUAUUUUGCUAGGUUCUAGUUGCUUCAUUUUGACCCGUAACUGGACUUCUACUCAUAAUUGUAGUGUUUAGUUGCCUUGUGGUACUGAAAGCUUAUGAAUUGAAGGAAAGAGAUGCAAUGUGUAGCCUUGUGAUGCUGAAAGAGUAUGUGCUUGCAUUUCAGAGGUUUAAGAUACCUCCAUUCGACAAAAAAAAAAGCUUGGUGAGUGGUGACCUUGUUAUCUUUCAAUUUUCUCUUGGCUAUCUGCAAAAGCAUUCACUAUUUGCGGUGUUUGCAUAUUUGUAACUUCCUCUUCUAUAUAUAAAUAUUAUCCUGCUUCUUACCUGCAGUAUGGUUAGAAGGUAAGUGUUAUUCUUUUUCGAUAGAAUAGAAGGCAAGCUCACCCUUUGCCAGAUCCCUAUAUCAAUGAUCAGUUCAGAAUCUGAUGUUUAAGUACAUCAAUCAGAUUUGAUAUAACAAAAUCAGAGCAAUAUUUCAGAAAAUAACAUGCUUUUCCCCCAUUGAAAUGGGUGUUUCGAACAUAAAAUUGGGUGGCUGUUCACUUAUGCAUUGAUUCUAUGUACUGUUAGCACUGUGAUGGUCAAUAAUUUGUGUGUACACUGGGUAGAAUAUCAUAAUCUGCGAAUAUGAAAUUCUUAAGUUGUUGAUUGGUGCUGCAUCUUCACAGAAAGCACUAGUUUGUGCCCUGACUCUUGGUUCAUCCACUAUAUCCAACAAAUUCGGUGAUCUUUCUUCACUAUUGUGUUAUGUUCACAAAGUUGACCAUUAUACUAGACAUAACACAAUGGUUGGAGGAGCCUUGUGCACGGGACCAACCCUUUUUUUGGUAUCUAUUGCUUGGAAUUAUGAACAUAAUUUUCGGCUCAUUGAGUUGAUUUCCUUCUACUUUUAUUCUCCUGUGCAAGUGCAUUCUUUGGAUCUUGAUACAUCACUUGUCAAAUGUGGUGGCUGGACGGAAGAAAAAAUCACUGGUUGACAAAUUACCCCCUAUGGCCCUAUCUAUUAAACAUGCACCCCUUUCCUGCAAGUAAGAUGUUCUACACAGAUAUUAGCACUCCAAAUAACAAACUUUUGCUAUCUAGACAUCUUACACAUGUCCAGUUGGUUCUCUCUCCGGAGAACCGGGCUCCUAUACUUUUAGCUCUCUAUACAUUUUUGUCCGUCCUACCUUUCUCCGAUUCAAAUUUCAAAAUUUGAAUCAUCCCAUGCAAGAACUCAAGUCACGGCUAGUCGGCUACUCAAGAAAUAUUAAGCUCUUCCUUUAUAUUUACAGAGGGUCUUGCAGAUGAGACUCAAGAACAUCUGGAAGAACAAGUGUGAAUUGUGAUGACAAUCUUCUCAAGAAGAGAGGGAGGGACUUCAGACCUUUUGACCACUUUGCAGCAGAACAGGGUACACCGGUACAGACCCUCAAACCAAGGGAAACCUAUUAUCUGUGUGGUGGCCGGUGGAACAUGAAUGUUUCAUCUCAUUUUCUUUUUGAUAAAGUCCCCUCAACUUGAGCCAGGACUCUUUAAAAGGUGGUAAGUGGAGCAAUGAAGCUACGAUGACCAAGGAAGAAGCAUUAGCAGAGCCGCAAAUGAUGUUUUUCAGAGACAUACUAGGAUGAACGGUGGGGCCAUUACUCCCUAGCAGCCAGAUGAUGACCAUAGUUUAGAUAGAUUACUUUAGGACCUUUAUUUUCUUGAAGCAUAUGCAAGCAUCUCUGAUUCCUGUUUGUGCUUCUAAUUAGCUCUAUUGUGUGCAAGAAAGUGAUUGCAUUUUAUCAUGUUGGGAGCUAUGUUUCAAUGUGUAUGAUAAUUAAUAGGAUAGAACACUAAGAUAUGAUGGAAUAAUGAUGCAAUGCUCGGGCUACUGACUAGGAAACAAUCUGAAUAAUCCUUGUGUCUAGUGAAGGAAUUGCAUUG